GCAAUCAUAAUCAGUCAAACGAGCAGGAGGAACCAACGAAGCAAUCGUCCAAAGUGCAUGAAUUAUCGUCAGCUCAGCUCAGCUCAGCUCAGCUGAUUUCUACAAGAAAUUGAAUUUGUUCAUGCGUGUGGGAAUCUCUAACCGAUAUAUUGAUUCCGAAAAGGGAUCAUCCUGGCUCCCCAAGUAAAAAUGGAAUUUCUUUGAUAAAUAGCCCUUAGGGGAUUUCUUCAACUCGUUUCAGAUCUGCUAAUUCGAUCCGAUGGAUUCUCAUCUUUCCUGAAAUAGAUUCCGUUGCUUAUUCGAGCUCGGAUUGAAUUUUAGGGAUUUCUGUUCCUUGUUUUGUCGAUUGUUGCUAUAAAAUUCUUUGAAUUUGCUUGAUUUUUGAGAUUGUGGCUUCGAUUAUAUCUCUGCGAUCUAUUAAAGAGGCUUGAGAGUAUUGAUCUAGGGGUUUUUUUAUAUAUAUUUCCUCGUUUGGAUUCCGCAUAUAUCAAUUUGGUGAUAUUUUGCCAAUGAAUAAUCUUCAAGAUGCCUCUUGAGGGACUAUGGCUCGAUAAUUUGAUGAAAUUUGAGCAUAUGAUUGGUAGUAUUAUUAUUUAUGUUGGGGCUUAGAAUGAAUUCAUUUUAUGUUUUUCCUCUGAUUGUGGAUGGAGCCAUAAUUUUUUGUUUUUCUAUCUGAAUUUCUUCAGCUUCGAUCAAUUAAUAGAUUUGUGGUGUGUAUAGUUAGUCUAUUGUUUAAAAAGGAGAAAGAAAACAUGGCGUUUUCUUUCACUAGACUUUCAUGGUUGUGGUUGGGUGGGAAGGAGAAAGAGCAGAGCUCGAAUGGGUCGUUUGUAAACUCAGUAAGUUCAUUGGGGGUUGAUGGGGGCUUAGGAUCUAGACGAGAGGGUGAUAACUUGAGGGUUCAUUCAUUUAAGGGGAUGGAUGGAGGGAUGCUUUCUUCGACUUCGAAUAGGAAAGCAAAGAGGAAAGGGAGUAGGGAAUAUCGAAUUUGUAGAAUGGAUGAAAAAGAUGAUGCUGUUUCGGUGCCUUUGGAUGGUGCCUUUUUACCGGGGUCGGAAUCUGAUGAAUUAGACUGGUCUAUCGGGUGGCUUGAGCCACAUGCCCCCGGUUUCCAGAGUGAUGUCGAGGCAGAUAACAGUUUUGCAGUCUUAGUCCCUUGCUACAAGCGUAAUUGUGAUGAAGCAAAUGAGAGCAAGCCAGUUAUUCCAUUCUUGAAUGGGGUGAAGCAUCCCCAGAUUGAGUAUUCAUCUGAUGGGACAAAGUAUGUGGAGCUGUGGCUUUCGUAUCUCCAGAAAUUUUGAAGCUGCCGGGCUUCUUGUUGUAAUCUUUUGAAACAUCAGGAUCGUUUGUAUUUAUUGUGAAACUUGAUUGUAGAUACAAAUAAAACAGUCAGUGUUUCUACUUGGAAAUAUUCCAUGUAAAUUUGUUUGAUUGGGCGUAGAAUGUAUGUAUGUAGGUAGCAUUUCCUUGAUUCAAAUCGCUAUUCUUGGGUUCACAUUUGUUGUACAAUUAAUACUCGAAUUGGCCGAUAUGGUACGGUAUUCGAUUGUACAUGUGUUGUGUUGCUACUUGCUAGUAAAGCUUCAUUGUUUUUGUGUA